AUGUUGAUCGCAAACAUGGCCAUGUCCGACCUGCUCUAUCCAAUAUUCUUGUUCCCCGUUCGACUGGCAGAUUUGCACGUUGGCUCGUGGCUUAUUGGUGGAACCCUUGGUCAGGCCUUGCGCAAGAUACACGUUUUUCUUGCUGACAUUUCCACGUUAGUGUCGAUUCAGAGCCUGGUUCUGAUAACAGUGGAUCGAUAUGCAGCUGUUGUAGUUCCACUCCGUUCACCCAUCAUCAGUCGCAAGGUGUGUAGCUGUUUGAUUGUUGGUACAUGGAUACUCGCAGCGGCCGUUCAUUCGCCAUAUUUGUUUAUCUUCAAUCUUGUUGAAAACCAAGAAGAAAAGUUGUGCGUGAAUCAGUGGGAGGUGAUAUUCGGAGAGAAAACCUCAGUUGGUAUUUACCUGCUAUCAGCUUCUACCUUUUUCUUUUACAUCCCUUUUGUCGUCUUGGUGAUACUUUACUCCAUCAUCCUGAUCAAGCUUAAAAAGCAAGUCCAUCCAGGUGAACAGUCAGCCAACGCUGAGGAACAGAGGACAAGAAGAAAGAGAAAUGUGCUUAAGAUGACCGUUGCUAUCGUUCUAGCGUUUUUCAUAUGCUGGAUACCCUUUUCUAUUAACGCAAUAAUAUCUUAUUUAGCACCAAGAAAGAAUUGGGUUUUUUGUAAGUUUUUGGUAUCUCAUAAUGUCGCCUUGUUUAUGGCUUACACAAACUGUGCUAUCAACCCGAUUAUCUGCCUUACCUUUACCGGUAACUAUCGCCAAGCUCUUAGGAGACUUGUGAAUUGCUGUGGUGUAGUGCAAGUAAAGUGAAAUCUAGGGCUGAUCGAAGUGAUUCUUAAAAAGAAGCGACCAAUAUUAAUAACUUUACUGUAAAUAAUACCGAAAAUUAAUGCAGCAUACAAUCUCUCUUGGGACGGCUGUAAGACCCAGGAGAAAUGGGGGGAAUGAGGCUCGUUAUGGGAGAAUAGCGGUGAAUAAGAGAUUUACCGAGCGCCGGUAAACUGUUUGAAAUGCGGGUUACCCUAAACUCGGAGCCGAAUAUAAAAUUCAGUAGCUAGCUUUCUCGCUUCUUUUUUCGAGGAAAAAUGUUAAGAGUGUUUUUUUUCUCUGUUUCAGCGGUUGCUUUUUCUAUGGAAUGCCUUAUUUUCCAAUAUCGUUUAUAUGCUGAAUCUAUUGUCUCAGCAUGGCAAAGUGAUCCGCCACUUUUUUCUUUUUGUUUUUGUUGUUAGUGUUGUUGUUGUUGUUUUUGUGAAAACGUGCCGGCGUAAGGAAAUGGCGCCAUUAUUUCAUUUUAAUUGCAAACAUUCUGCUCCCUAGAGCAGUAUUUGGAAUAUAUUUUACUUAUUUCAGAACUGGAAUAGUAGGUCAGUAGAACGGCGGAUUCUCGGGUAUUCUAUGUAUUCCUAUUGAGAUCAAGCCAAGUUAGAAUUAGUGUUGGUUCUGUUGUUUUUCAAAGUGAGAAUUAGAAACGUGUAAAAAGAAUAGUAAAAAGAGACGUGUCAUCGUAAAUGUUAAUAGUUGGAUCAUAAUUAUCUGCUUUUGUAUAAAUGGUUAUUGUAUGUUGUACAUACAACCUUAACAGGCUUAGAUGAAUAUAUAUAGCUAUUCCGCCGCAAACUUACUUCAGCUUUCUUAGACCGGCCUUUUAAUCACUUUGAUCGCUAUAAUGACUUUCUGAUUGCAUUUUGUUUCUGAGCUCAACGAUUUAGUGAAUAAAAUUUCAUUAAUUUUGUAGUUGACUUUGCUUUGCUUUACUGAGUAAUUACGACUUGUCAUUUGUGUGUGUAUGUUUUAUCCCGGCAAAUUUUGACCUCUUUGAUCACAGUACUCUAUUUGUCAUCUCUCUUGCAUUAGUUAUUUUCCAUUCUAGGACGCCAUUUAACUGAUCAGAACGGUAUUCAAUCGAUUGCAUAAUUGUACGCUUAAUGAAGAUGAAACAGAAUUUCUUUGUCAAGGCUACAAAUCACUGUAAUUUGUCCACCCGAGCCUCGAGUUGGUGCAUUUGUUUACUGAAAUGCGGGAAAGGUCUAUUACUACCAUGCCUUGUGUUUUUGUAAGAGAUUUAACGAGCGAGGUUAAACUGUUAGGAUUACGGGUUACCCUGACACCGAGUGAAAAAUUCAGUACGUAUAUUUUUCGCAUUUUUUGUGUGAGGAAAAAUGGUAUAAUAAGCUUGAGAGUUUUUUUCUCUCUUCCAGAGAACUAGCCGUUUCAACGGAAUGCGUUUCCUAGCUUGUUUAUAUGUUGAUGAUUGUCACUGACGACUUGGUGAAAACUUCCCGCCGCAAGAAAAUGAAGUAAUUAUUCCGUUUUCUUCCAAACAUUCUGCUCCGCUGGGCGAUAUUUGGAAUAAUUAUUCCACUUAUUUCAGAGCUGUAAUAGCAGGUCAAUCAAACGGAUUUUCCGGAUUAUUUUAUCUUUUCCUUUUGUGGUCAAGCCAAGGUUUAAAAGUCAUUUUUCGGAGUAAGAAAAAAUUUCUUAAAAAGGCUUUUUUUAAAAC